UGUACCGGUAGGAAGCCAAGUUGGAGAACGCUGGCGUGGCCUCGCAAGAUUCCCAUCCCUGACCCAUGUAUAAUUAGAACAUCAUCGUUGAAGUAGAUUCCUCCCCAGGAUAACGAAUAUAGCCUUGGAAUCGGGAUUCCUUCCCUGCCCUCGCCCUCGCCCUCGCCCUCCCCCAUCCUCUUUAACCUUUCUCUCCUUCUCUAUCUGGUUUCGAUCCAUGGGCUCUCAGGAGGAGGAACAGAGAUCCCUGUUGGAAGACGGGUUCUUGUCAGAGAAUGAAAAGGAACCAUAUACUGGAGAUGGAUCAAUUGAUAUUCAUGGAAAUCCGGUCUUAAAAGAUUGCACUGGCAACUGGAGGGCAUGCCCUUUCAUUCUAGGGAAUGAAUGUUGUGAGCGUUUAGCCUACUACGGAAUAUCAACUAAUCUUGUCUCUUACCUCACAAAAAAGCUACAUGAGGGAAAUGCUUCUGCUGCAAGAAAUGUUACGACUUGGCAAGGAACCUGCUACCUGACCCCCCUGGUCGGAGCUAUAUUGGCUGAUGCAUAUUGGGGAAGGUACUGGACGAUUGCAGUAUUCUCUACAAUAUAUUUUCUUGGGAUGGGUACACUGACCCUUUCAGCUUCAGUUCCGGCUUUUAAGCCUCCAUCCUGUGUAGGACCUGUUUGCCCAGAAGCAAGUGCAGCUCAAUAUGCUGUUUUCUUCCUUGGUCUCUAUCUGAUUGCAUUAGGAACAGGUGGAAUUAAACCUUGUGUUUCCUCCUUUGGAGCUGACCAAUUUGAUGAUACUGAUCCAAAAGAGAAAGUGAAGAAGGCAUCAUUCUUUAAUUGGUUUUAUUUCUCGAUCAACAUUGGUGCUCUUAUAUCCAGCAGUUUUCUUGUCUGGGUGCAAGACAAUUGUGGCUGGGGCUUGGGCUUUGGUAUUCCUACUUUGUUUAUGGGCCUAGCCAUUAUAAGUUUUUUCUUAGGCACCUCACUUUAUAGAUUUCAGAGGCCAGGAGGAAGCCCUAUUACAAGAGUGUGCCAGGUGGUCGUUGCUUCUCUUCGCAAGUGGAAGGUAGAGGUUCCUCAUGACAGUUCUCUCCUAUAUGAACUAACUGAUAAGACCUCAGCAAUCGAAGGGAGUCGGAAACUGGAGCAUAGUGAUGAGCUUAUAUUUCUCGACAAGGCUGCUACUGUCUCAGAGCUUGAUGAGAAGACCGAAAGCUUCUCUAAUCCGUGGAGGCUCUGCACAGUCACUCAGGUGGAAGAACUGAAGAUAUUGGUGCGCAUGUUCCCCAUCUGGGCCACCACCAUUGUGUUCUCUGCUGUUUAUGCACAGAUCUCUACCAUGUUUGUCGAACAAGGGAUGGUUCUUGACACUACAAUUGGUUCAUUCACCAUUCCUCCUGCAUCUCUAUCUACAUUUGAUGUGAUCAGUGUUAUCGUAUGGGUUCCAGUCUAUGACAGGAUUUUUGUGCCAAUAGCAAGGAGAUUCACGGGCAAGGAUAAAGGCUUUUCAGAACUACAGAGGAUGGGUAUUGGCCUGCUCAUAUCUAUUCUAGCAAUGGCAGCAGCAGCACUGCUGGAGAUAAAGCGUUUGAGCAUUGCAAAGGCUGAGCACUUGGAGCACCAAAAGGUGGCAGUUCCAUUGAGCAUUUUCUGGCAGAUACCUCAAUAUUCCUUGGUUGGACUGGCAGAAGUAUUCACAUUCAUUGGGCAGCUUGAGUUUUUCUAUGAUCAGUCUCCAGAUGCCAUGAGAAGUCUCUGCAGUGCACUAUCGCUUCUCACAACCGCACUGGGUAACUACCUAAGUUCUUUUAUUCUGACUGUUGUAACAUCUAUAAUGACUCGAGGAGGAAAGGCUGGAUGGAUUCCUGAUAACUUAAAUGAAGGACAUCUCGAUUACUUCUUCUGGCUGCUAGCUGGGCUCAGUUUCUUAAACCUUCUGGUUUAUGUUUACUGUGCUAUGAGGUACAAAAGCAAGAGGGCUUCUUGAAUUCCAACUUUGUUUUGUUGACUUUAAGAAAUUUCAGAACAUGCUCUAAUGUGCACAGAUGUUGUGUCAUCUACAAUUUAUGCAGCUUCAUUUUUAACCAUGUACAAGUAUUCCUUCUAUAUGAUGUUUUAGAUUGGGACAAUUAUAUCAUUAUAUAAAAUUUAUUUUUA